AUGGACACCUGGCAAAGAGCGUGUUUCAAGGCUGGGAAGAGGCGCAGCUUGCCCGUGGAAGACCUCGGAAACACUACCAUACCAGAGGACAUCUUCUUCGAGUCGAAUUGUCCUAGCUCUUCCGUGUCUUGUGUCGCUACUGUCAUGGGUGAGGACCUGCUUCUGACUCCGGAAAGCAGCUUCAGCUUCACCUGCCCGAGUUCACCUGCCGAGAUUGAAGAGCGGGUCGCCGAGAACAUCGAUAUGGAGGAAGCAGAGAGGGCCUCUGUACUUGAAGACGCUGCCCGGGCACUCACUAGCUCCAAUGAAGACUCAAUAGGUACUCUUGUCAAACCCGAGGAACAGAGGAAGCAAGUCGUCGAGACCAUCCACCUAGAGGAAGUCCCGAAGUUCAUUACGCGUGAAGACCCAGUCUGGUUACCUUCGCGGUUUCUGUUAGCCCCGUGUUACUUCAAGUUCCCGCAGACGGCCCCUAUCCUCAACCCCCUCCUCCGCCUCAACAUUGCCGCUGCACACCAAGUCUGUCCUUCUACCGGCGAAGUUCACCCGGAGGGCACGAAGCUCCCUGUCAAAGGCAAGAGUGUGUCGCCAGUGUCCGCUACGAAGCGUCUCCCGCACAAGCCCCCGCCAACCGAGGACGAGAAGGACGCAGAACGUACACGCGGCCAGCAGGUCGUCACUGGCAACGUGGCGAUGCCCACCCCUUUCCCCCGGGUCCAUCCUUCGCCUAUCAAGAAGGUCGAGGUGGAGGAGAAGCUGAAGCCGGUGUUCAAGCUCCAUGCGAGGGUGCCGUGUCCCAAAGCCCUCGCUGCAUUGAGGAAGGUCCAGGAAAAGGAAAAGCCGGUGUUCAGGAGGCACGCGACGGGUUGUCCCAAGGCAGCUGUCGCUACGAGGCUCGAGGGGGCUCAAGAAGGGCGAGGUGAAAGCAGUCAAACCGGUGUGUUCUGGCGUGGGGAGAGGCACCGGGCUCAAGCCGAAGGGUAA